UGGUAGGGCCCGCUCGGUGGCGGCGAGCUCAGUCCGGUGCCGGUACCGGGUCCGCGGGGGGAUGACCCUUUUCGGCAGCGGGGACGCGGGCUGGAGAUAUCUGGACAUGGCCAGAGAGCCCAAGCCAAGCCGGGCCAGGGUGGGCCAGAAGCGGCAGCAUGGCAGCAGCCUGUACCACAGUAACUGCGACCUGGAUUACGAUCUCUGCAGGGAUGACUUCCCAUACCGGGUGUAUGAGUAUCAGAAGAUUCCUCCCCUUAUUAACCGCAUUCCAGUCAAGACCAGACGAACUCACAUGGGAACAGGAGGAAAAAGCAGCCCAAGUCCACAGUGCAAGGCCAGGAGCAGCACCAGCUCCAUGGUGGAACGGACAAAGUUGCAGGCUGAAGAGCUGCAUUCCAUCAAGGGGGAGCUAUGCCAGAUCAAGGCACAGGUGGACAGUCUGCUGGAGAGCCUGGAUCACAUGGACCAGCGGAGAGAGUGGCUGGCAGGGUCCAAGGAGAGUGAGAGGAAGAGGUUACAGACAGGGCCAGAGUCACCAUCCCCAGUGGAAGAGCGGUCACAGGGACAGGAGGGGAGGGGAGCUGAUGGGCACAGUGACCUGCGCAACAUCGACAGCACAGAGGAGAGCACAGACACAGAGGAGAUGGUGAGAGUGGGGACAGGUCACAGCCUGGUUUGGGUUGGAAGGGCCCUCAAAGCUCACCCAGUUCCAACCCUCUGCCACGGGCAGGGACACCUUCCACUAGACCAGGUUGCUCCAAGCCCCAUCCAAGCUGGCCUUGAACACUGCCAGGGAUGGGGCAGCCACAGCUUCUCUGGGCAACCUGUGCCAGGGCCUCAGCACCCUCACAGGGAAGAACUUCUGCCUAAGAUCUCAUCUCAGUCUCCCCUCUGUCAGGUUAAAGCCAUUCCCCCUUGUCCUGUCCCUACAGGCCCUUGUCCUGCGCUGUGCUGUCUACUCUCCUAAAAUUCAUCCCUGCUUGCUGGCAGCCUGUGCCCUGGUGGAGAAUACCUGGUUGCAGAGUUGAUGCUCCAUCAGGUUCCCCCAAGCUGUCCUGACUGUGUGCCAGGGUGCAACCACCCGUGUCUCCAGGACAGCCCCAAGCCCCCUGCAGCCACCCCCUCGGUGUGUGUUACUUCAGCCGCAGCAGCUGCAAAACCCCCUUUGGAGUACAAAUCCCCUUUCUCCAGGCGUCUGCUCCCAUACUCACAUCCCCCAGCUGGCUGCAGGGGUCUGAUCCCACUGC